GGUGAGGUGGCAGCAGGGGUACUUGAUGUCGUCAUAGCAACGAUGGAUGAGUAGACAAAGGGGUGGGACUUGCUCCUCUCCUGGGUACAUAAACGAGGGAGGCGGGCUUUGUGUCCCAACGCUGACCAACUAGACAUCUGCCUUCCCUCCAUCCCUAACUGUCUCUCUGUAUCGGUCUGUCUGUCCAGCUGUCUGUCUGUCUAGCGGCCAGCUACACUGCUAAGAAGGCUCCAGGCGGGGGAGGUCGUCACCAGUCAUGGCCAGCGGGUGUGUUUCCGCCCCGGACAGCCGAGCCGAACAGAGACUAGCGCCGACCGCUCAGGAGGACAGCUGUACCUACCAGGAGGUGAACCUGUCCGACGAGAGCCCAGGGGUCACCAUGGCGACGCGGGAGGCCGGCGACGGCGCCGUGUCCGCGGGGGUACCGGCCCACGGAGCGGACCAGCAGAAGAAACCGCGCAGGAAGGACACGCCGGUCCUCACCGCCCCGCCACACAUACCCGGCAUACGGCUGCUGAUGGGAGAGAGGCCGAGCGUCUUCCUGGAGGACGAGGAGAGGAACGGGAGGGAGUAGAGAAACAGCGCUCUUUGAACUAUUUUUAACCAAUGGGGUUUUUUUCGUCAGGCCAACUCGAUUAAAUGUAGCUUUCAAACUUUCAAA